GGCGGUUGGUGUUUGCAUAAGUUAAUCGAAGAUCUUUGUAAGAAUCUGUAUAUCAAGCCUAAUAGUUCAAACUUAGGGCACUCCUGUUGCUUCUGCCUGUUUCUGGCGACGACCCACCAUAUUAAAUUUGCUCAUAUUCUUUUCUAAAAAUUAACAUGAAUGGGCAUGGCUUAUGAAGAGAGAACUAUAUACAGUUUGCUCUACACUUGGCUAUGCGACAAGGCUUUGUCCAUAUGUGGACAAUGUAAUUAGAUGCACUUUUAUGGUCCAUUUGGAUCAUUGAUGAACAGAUGUCAUUUUGAUUUAUGGUGUUCCCUCCAAAGAUUAUUAGAUUGACCUGCUGCAGUGGCAGUAUUUAAUGCAUCAGCCUAUGAGUUGGGAAAGAAACACUCGAAAGUCGAAUGUAGGGACAUUAUUACCUGGUUUUGAGAGCACAAAAUAUCAUAAAUGUCCCACUGGAAUGCUAGAUGUUCUAAAGCUCUUUUACGGCAUUUAGAAUGUGUAGCAAUCUCCUACCUUUAGUGAUGAGGAGUAGCUGGAAUUGUCGUACAUACUAAGUUGGGUUGCAGUUUUGGAUGUGCUGAUCAUAUCCUUGGUCGAGAAAGAGUUAGGAAUCAGUGUUAUCUUCUCUUACAUCGACGUCAAGACUUAUAGUGAUUGAAUACUUGCUAUUCAAUGACGUCCCCAUAUCGCUGCUUGUCUCACAGCAGCAUGACUUCCUUGAAUUUCAGAUGCUUACCGACGAUUAUAUUUGUAAUGUUUCUGUAUGAUCUACUGAUGCUUAAGCCAAUUUGGAAGUUAUUGGUUAUGAUCUUAUCAUCUUACUCAUGUGGUGGCUGAAAAUUAGAUAAGGUGGGUUGAACAAGGGUUUUCAUCUGCUGAAAAAAGUAUAUUUAUCGACAGGUCCAUAAGCUAUGGGGCACAGAAACAUGUUCAACGCACCCCAAAUUAUCGAUACUGAUGGUCAUCAGGGGCGGGAUCACACUGAGCAACCCUUCUUGCUUAUGGGAAGGGCCGUUGCUUCUGAUAGCAAUUCUCUUGUUCAUCCAACUCAUCCUGGGCAGAACUUAAGUAUCAAUGGCGGAACCUUUCCUCCCCAGUGGACUCCUGCUGCUCCUAGGGCACGAAUAAACUCAUCAUCGAUUGCCCCUGCUGAAUUUCCAGGCCUUCAACAACAGGCUCCUGGUCCAUCUCGCGAUCCUUUUCUGCUCCAGCCUGCCGGUGGAAAUUUCCACAUGGUGCCGAAUAAUUAUUCUCGCCCUCCACCUUCUUCGAACCUCAGUGGGCAGACUGUCCCUGGAGCACAUGGUGGUUUUGUUAAUCCAGCAACAAUGGGCAGCAGUAGAGGACCACACAAGCGGAAAAGUCCAAGCACCCCUCAGCUGUAUGACAGGGGUUCUACUAGCAGAUAUUACGAUGCUGGAAGCUCAUCAAAUUUGCUCUUACCUGCUGAUCCAUGGCAGGAAAAGCAGAACACAGGACCGUAUCAUAUGCCUCGGGAGUAUCAUCCGGGCUACAGAGUUAACGGCCUCUCUAUUGGUGGUGAAGGUACACAUCGGAAUGUGAGAAGUAGAACUGUAGUUGACCAGGAACCUGAACUGGCCCGAACACAUAUGCCAAGCAAUUCUAUGCAUCGUUCCUUCUCUAACCGACCCGCUGACCGAUCUACUACACUGGAUUAUUCGAGGCAGAGUUCAAACGUCUCCAUAACGGAUUGGAAUCAUUGUCUCGUAUCGCCUUCUGGCCAUGGGGGGCCACGUGGUGUAGAUUCAAGUUCCUUUGGUCGCGGUCCGAACACCCUCAAUGCACUAAACAGUCAUGCUAAUGGCUCGGUGGACAGCGGUGGUUACAACAAUAAUGCUCCUAUCCCUCAAAAUAGUUAUGGUUAUUUGAAUCAACCUCGCGUAGAGGUCCAAAGCAGUUACGACCAAAGUUCUGCCCACACAUAUUGGGCUUCUUCAUCAGGCAACUUCUACCAAAGGCAGGUUGCUGUUUCUGGCGAAGGGCCGGCAAUGGCAGCAGACAGUUUCCCUCCUAGACAUUCGCAGGCCUUUUCUACCCCAGGGUUUCAUUAUAGUGAAAGGAAUGGUAGAACAAGUGACGCAUAUAGACCCGUUGCUGGGGAGUCAAGUGCACCCAAUCGAGCUGCACAUGAGCAUGAGGCUAUUAUGGCAGCGAGCUACUCUACGUAUUAUGGCUCGAGGGCUCCUUACGACCAGCACAGGGAGAUGAGGCUUGACACAGACAACAUGAGCUAUGAGGAGCUGCUUGCACUGGGAGAGAGGAUCGGAAGUGUCAGCACAGGUUUGUCUGACGGCUCGGUGUCAAAGUGUCUGACUCAAUCCAUCUAUCGCUCGUCGAACCAAUCUCAAGACGGCGCAACGUGUGUCAUCUGUCUGGAGGAAUACAUGGAUAUGGAUGAAGUUGGGAGUUUAAAAUGUGGGCAUGAUUUUCAUGUGGGAUGCAUCAAGAAAUGGCUGUCAAUGAAGAACUUAUGCCCAAUCUGCAAGCAAUCUGCAGUUGAUGACAACAAACUAUCUUCUUGAAUUUGUUACUAUUUCAGGAAAUGUAAUUGGAAAUUAUUCCUCAGUUCAAAUUAUUCCCCGCAAUGAGGGAAAUGGAUUACUUUUGAAACUACAAUGUGAUUAAUGUAAUUAUUGAACUAACAUUUCUCUCCCGGUA